CUCAGUUCAAUCACAACACAAUGAGCGAUAAUAGUCGUCGGAAAAUGGCGGAUGUGUAAGGUUAGUUUGGGUUUCCGUGAAAACAAAGUUGUGGUAUUUCACGUUUCUGUUCCUCUUCUCCGCUCAUUUAUUGAUCUUGAAAACAUUAUCUUCAAGUUCAACAAAUGGAAGUAGGUUUGCGAGUGGUCCGCGGCCCAAACUGGAAAUGGGGAAACCAGGAUGAUGGAGAGGGCCAUGUAGGUACUGUUGUUGAAAUCGGUUGUGCCGGUAGCACCACAUCACCAGAUAAAACAGUUGUGGUACAGUGGGAUUGUGGUACACGGACUAACUAUAGAACUGGCUACCAGGGGUGCUAUGACUUAUUAAUAUACGAUAAUGCACCAGUGGGCAUAAAACAUCCAAAUAUUAUCUGCAAUGUAUGUAAAAAACAUGGAAUCCAGGGUACGAGAUGGAAAUGUAGUGAUUGCCAUGACUACGACCUUUGCUUCCUCUGCUACAUGAACGACAAACACGACUUAAACCAUUCCUUUUUACGCUUUGUUACACAACAUUCUGUCGGGGUUCGGAUGCCAAAAAGGCAGGGAGGAACAAAAGUACAAAGCAGAGGGCUUUUCCCAGGAGCAAAGGUUGCAAGGGGACCAGACUGGGAUUGGAACCAUCAGGAUGGUGGUGAGGGUAAACAUGGGAAAAUUAACGAUAUUCGUGGCUGGGACAACGAGUCGGGGCGCAGUGUUGCCAACGUUACCUGGUCUGCGGGAACCACAAAUGUAUACCGUAUCGGUCACAAAGGAAAAGUAGACUUAAAAUAUAUCCAGGAUGGACCUGGCGGAUAUUAUUAUAAGGAUCAUCUUCCCAGAUUAGGUGAGAAAUUGGAAUUGUCACCCACAACAACAGAGGGCAAGAAAAACACCUUCAACGUUGGGGACAAGGUGAAAGUGGUCCUCCAGCAAGAUAUCUUGAAGGCAAUGCAAGAAGGCCAUGGAGGGUGGAACCCAAAAAUGGCUGAGUAUAUUGGAAAAAUUGGUGUUGUACACCGUGUAACAGAGAGGGGUGAUAUAAGGGUUCAGUACCACAGUUCAGGUACAAGGUGGACCUUCCAUGCAGGUGCACUUAUUAAGGUUGAGUUAUAUUCCAUUGGUGAUGUUGUCCGAGUAUCAGAUGAUGUGUCAAAGGUCAAACAGUUACAAGCUGGACAUGGGGAGUGGACAGAAAACAUGAGAGUUAUAAUUGGUAAAGUAGGCAAAGUAAUAAGAAUUUAUUCUGAUGGUGAUUUACGUGUAUCAAUUGAUUCCGCUCCUUGGACGCUAAACCCAGCCUGUGUAGUACCGGUGUCGCAAAGCAGAACAGACCUCAAUAACACGAUGGCGCCAGAGAGGGAGGAUGACAAAGGUCAUAUGCAGGCUCUGAUAGAUCAGAUUGUGUCGGUGAGCCUAGGCAGUGAAAGUUGUGAUAAGCUGGUGAGCGAUGCAGCACAUGGGAAUGCAAGAGCUGUCACUGAUAUACUGGCAAAACAUCCUGAUUGGGUUGAUGCAAAGAACACUGGGAAGACAGCUCUGCAGGUUGCCAGUCAUCAAGGUCAUGUCGAGGUCAUCAAGGUCCUUGUGGUUGCCAAGGCAAAUUUAGAACUAAAGGAUCAAGAUGGUGAUACUGCACUUCAUUAUGCAGUAUUUGGUAAUCAACCGGAGGUAGCAUCAUUCCUUCUAUCAAAGGGAGCCAACGUGGAUGCAGUGAAUAAUGUUAGUUGUAGUAGUCUACACGUGGCAGUCAACAAGGGUUUCACACGCUGUGUCCGUAUUCUACUCACGCACAAGUGCGACAUCAAUAAACAAGAUUCUUAUGGUGACUCGGCCCUCCAUGAUGCAGUGGCGAAAAAUAAUAAAGAAAUUAUAGAAAUGUUAAUAGGGUUCCCGACAGUGGACCUAACAGUAAAGAAUAAGAAAGGGUUCAAUGCACUUCACCACGCUGCCCUUAAAGGAAAUAAAUUUGCUGCGGAUAAAUUACUGUUGAAGGCACGACAGUUAGCGGACGUAAAGAAAGAUGAUGGAUUUGCAUCGCUACAUCUUGCCGCAUUAAACGGCCACCGAGAUGUGGCAGACAUACUGAUAACCAAGGGACAUUGUGAAGUUGACAUCAGGAACAAUCGUCAGCAGACCCCCCUUAUCCUAGCAGUCAGUCAGGGACACACGAACAUCAUUGAGCUUCUAGUCACAAAAGGAGCAGAUGUAAACUCCGAAGAUGAAGAUGGCGACACAGCGCUACAUCUAGCCUUGAUGCGACAGGCUUUAAGCUCAGCAACAGAGUUAGCUCCAUCUGCCUCUAAGAUCUCAUCAUCUUCAUCAUCGAUGAAACGACUGCAUAAGAUCCAGGCUUCUCUUCAAGAGGACAACCUUGACCAUCGACUUAGUACGGUAGUUGCGUGCUACUUAAUAUAUGAAGGCGCUAAUCCACUCCAUAAGAACCACAAAAACAAAACACCACUGGACAUGAUCAAUGACCAGAAGGUAUCGAAGUCCAUCAAGAAAUUCAUGGAUUCAAAAUCACGGUCAUCACGAACGGAAUCUGAUCAGCGACCCACCAGUAGCAGACCGCACUCUUUAUCUAAUGGCAAGCAAGCACAACCGGUAGCCCAGCGAGCCAAGAGCCAACACCUUCGCUCUCCUAGUACUCUCAGUAACCUCUCAGAAAUCAUGACGCAGUGCCGUAUGUGCAGUACUACUGCCAACUGUAUGUUCCAGCCGUGCGGUCACAUUAUGGCGUGCAUGGAGUGUGCUGGGCUAUUUCAAAAGUGCUACACGUGUAAGGCGGACAUCAAACAACGUGUACGAGUGGAAGGCGGAGAGAUAAAGUGCUGUAGUUGUCAUAACAACCUCGCUGAAGUCACAUUCCAACCGUGUGGUCACAGAAUAUUGUGCCAAGAUUGUGCAAGUAAAACAAAGACAUGUAGUACCUGCCAAUCAACAAUUACACAGAGAAUAGGGAAAGAUGGUAUGGUUAUUCCUCUGCACCGUGCAUCCAUUGAUCGUUCAUCCAUCGAUCGUCCAUCCACGAUGUCUGCUCUUGCUCGCCGUUCAAAAUCACUACCAGAUGGAACACCAGCUAACAAAGCAGAUGCAGUAGAUACUGCUGCCGUCUCCUCAUCUGCGCCUGAAACAUAUGAAGAAAUGAGAAAACUGAAGGAGAAAGUCCGCGAAAUUGAAGAGUCCACGUUGUGUUUAAUUUGUAUGGAAAACAAACGUAAUGUUGUAUUCCUCUGCGGCCAUGGCACAUGCAAGAAAUGCGCGAAACCUCUCAAGCAUUGCCCGAUGUGUCGGAAACCGAUCACAAAGAAGAUCCAAAUGUUUACGGGAUGACGAAACUUGUGAUUAGAUAUUGAUGAAUGUGUUUGUAAAAUCUGCAGGACUUUGUAAAGACAGUGAUUUUGGCAGUGCCUCAAAUAGACAAUCAACUAAGCCAGCUUUGAGGCUGAAGGCUAGCUAUGUUCUAAACCUAGCUAUUGAUAAGCCUAGGUAUACUCCAAGUCUGUGUGCUAAGUCUGGGUAUUGGCUAAGCCUAGCUAAAUCCUUGUCUAGACUAUCGCAUUUUAUCAACAAAAAUAGUGACAUGCCUAAAUAUGGUCAUGACAUCACAUCAUGACCAUAUAUAGGCACAUCAUGACUAUAUAUGGGCAUCAUCAUGACCAUAUAUAGGCACAUCAUGACUAUAUAUGGGCAUACAGUAGAGUUGAUAGUGUGGACAAUGUUUUGGACUUGGCUGAAAAGUGAUUCAGGACUGAAGGUUUUUGGAUGUUGUUUUACAUUGGGAGAUAUUUUCUUGAUGUGGAUGUAAGCAUAUGAUACUGGUUUGAUUAAAUGAAAGCGUAGGGUAUCAUCCUAAGCAAUGCCUACCUCGCAGUUCAUACAGUAAUGUCGUAGCGCACUAUUUGUCACCUGACAGCGCCACUAUACUGCAUUACACAUGUUCUUUCAUCAAGUAUUACUCUUUCUUUCAUUAAUGUUUUUGCAGUCUUAAAAUACUUCCUCAUGUAUUUUCAUUGUAGUUAUAUCAUGCAUUGUUUACUUCUACUAAACUAGUUGCUAUGACGAUCAGGAAUCAACAAGUUAAACAGCACACAAAACAUUGUGUUAUGCACAUUGUCAGGACUAAUUUUUGUCAUUGCCGUUAUUUUUCUGUUCAAAAAUACAUAGCAAGAAUACUAUUAUAGUAUAAUUAUUAGGCCAUGGUUAUUGUUCCGACGAUUUUACGCAAAUCCAAGGUGCUGAUUGGUGGAGCUGGCUUUACCUUAAUCUUCAGUGUCGCUAACUUAAUGCACCACAACAUGUUGGAAGAAUAACUAUUUUCUUAUUAUUUUUUUAUUUUAUUGUUGAUUUUAUUAUUUUUCAAACAAACCAAUAGUUACCUUUUAACUACCUACGUUCAUGGGAAUAUUGUUAUUAUAUCUUUUUUUUGUUGGUAAAUUACUACCAUAGGUACUCGGCAAAGAUCUUACGAACACAAGAUCGCUAUCAUGUGUUUAUAAGAUCUUUGGUUCUCAGGUAUAAGCCCUACCCUACUUUACGACCAGUUUUACAUACUAGCUUUCCUCAGGCAAAAGCCCAGGGUAGGAUUUGAAUGAGGAGCUUAAGUUGACUUUUAAAAAUGCUCUAAAAAAAAAA